AGACACAAGUCGCUGUAACUGGCUGCAGCGCGCGACGCUGUAAAAAGGAGGCGAGCGGGGUUGAACAUUUCACUGUGCACAUCUGCCUCUGUUCAAGGAGUCAGGACCGGAUCCCCUCUGGUGACUCUGUAGCCCGCAACACCGUCUGAACGAACCGGGACAUUUUCUUCUGUUAAUGGAAGCCUACAUAUGAUUUCCACUGGAUUUCUACAUUAGAAGAUCUGAGUUUUACAGAUGAGAGGAGAAGAGAUGCUCUGCCUGCGUGAGUCCGGCGACUGCUUACGGGAGCAGAUGCAGUACAUGAUGAGGUCACUGCAAGACCUGAAACAACUACGGAAAACCUGCCCUGCAGCCAGACGCCCCCUCAGCACCCAGCUCCCAGCUUUAGUGCGCCACUCUGCAGUGGCACGUGCCUGUCAGCAGCGAGCACUGCAGCGAGAGCAGCGCACGCGCUUGCGGAUGUCUAACGCCAGCACGGCCAGUACGUACGACUCCGCCUGCUGCUUGUCUAGUCCUCAGGAGGAAGACGAGGACGACUCGAGCAGCCGGCUGGGCCUGGGCCUCAGGCUGGGCCUGGGCUCUCCCAGCAGUCAGAAAAGUUUGGAGUUUGAUUCAGGCUACUCUGAGGCAUCCUGGCAGGACGAAGGGGUGGUCCUCAGGAGGACCAGGAAUGUGAGGGUGUCAUCUUCGGCCUGUCUUCGUACAAACAGAACCCCAAAUGGACGCAUUCGACCCAAAUCCACAUCGGACGCUUGUCUGGAGAGGUGGACAUCGUUUGAGGUCAGCGACCCAGAGGACUGGACCAACUCUUUAUUGACCAGAGGACGCAACCGCCAACCUCUGGUUCUGGGCGACAACAGCUUCGCAGACCUCAUACAGAACUGGAUGGACUUGCCAGAUUGUCCUGAACCCACUGAGGUGAAGCCACAUUCAGGAAGGAGACUGGGAAGAGGUUUCUUUGUCAACAUGAGGAGCAAACUGGUCGGGUUUUCUAAGAGUGUAGAGGACAGAGUAAGGAUGAGAUCGACAGACUCUGCUCAUGUUAACAGAACUGCAAACGCUCCAAAACGUCUGUCUUGUCCAGUCGUGGCAUCACAGCCCAAAGUCCCCUUUUUCCACCAGUCUCACUCAGGCAUAAAUGAGACGCAGACAGAUUUUUACCACUUUGCGGCCCUCCUGAAAUCGCGCAGCCGACAGCCCCUGAUCUGCAAAGAUAUCAUCGGAUACGUCUGACAUUCACGUAAAGUCGUGUUCGGACCGGACAAUCCUCAGUCAAUUUAUUUUGAAAUGACUGUUUUUUCACCUCUUAUAUGCUGUGACUUAGCUAAUAGAAAUAAAGAUGUUCUCAUAAUUUAAA